AGUAAUUCGAAAGCCAGACUUGGAGCGUGGCUUCCUCCGCGUCGGAACUACGAGUCCCAUGGUUCCUCGCGCGGCGGCGUGCCUCUGGCUCUACGAGCGGGCACGGAGGGUCGGAGCACGUUGCUAGUGGGCGCGGCUGGCCUGGGCUGUGGAGGCCUAGCUUUUGCUGGAGUCCUGCGGUUCGGCACCCUGCCUUACGCUUGGCCGGGUCGCCCUGCUGAGGCAGCUCCUAACGUCCCGUGCGGCGGGAAUCCGUGGAGACGUCCCCACAUCCUGAGAGUUUCUGUAGAAGCUGAAACCGAUCACUGUCCUUCAAAAUGCAAUGGAAUGUACCACGGACUAUGUCUCGGCUGGCACUCAGGACACUGUUGGAAGCACAGAAAGCCAGGCUCUUUGGUCACCAUUGGAGCAUAAAAGGACCGUUACUUGUGCACAGAGGUGAAUACAGAGUGGUUUGGACACCACACCUUCGAAAGCAGUGGCUACAUUUAUCUGCAGUUCAGUGCCUUGCAAAGCAAAGGAAUCUGUUAGAUGCUCAGCCACCUCACCUGGGGGCCCUUCGCCAGGAACGAUGGGAGCAGGAUAUUUUAUCCAAGAGGGUUUUAUCUUCCAGUUCCACAUCCCAGGAAACUCCGUCAGAAAAAAAGGAAGAACCAGAUCCUUUACAAGACAAAUCUAUUAGUCUGUAUCAACGAUUUAAGAAAACAUUUAGACAAUAUGGAAAAGUUUUAAUUCCUGUGCAUCUAAUAACUUCUGGUAUUUGGUUUGGAACAUUUUACUAUGCAAGUAUAAAAGGAGUGAAUGUCAUCCCCUUCCUAGAGGUCAUUGGGUUACCUGACAGUGUAGUAGACAUCCUGAAAAACUCCCAAAGUGGGAAUGCGCUGACAGCCUAUGCCAUGUUUAAGAUUGCAACGCCUGCCCGCUACACUGUGACCUUGGGAGGAACAUCCUUUACCGUGAAGUAUUUGCGAAGUCAUGGCUACAUGUCAACCCCACCCCCUGUCAAGGAGUAUUUGCAGGGCAGAAUGGAAGAGACUAAGGAGCUCAUCACAGAGAAAAUGGAGGAGACAAAGGACAGACUCACUGAAAAGUUACAAGAAACCAAAGAAAAAGUUUCUUUUAAAAAAAAAGUGGAAUAAGGGUGCCUUAUUACAGAAAAUCUUACGCUUUAACCCUCUGUAGACUCUGGGCAAAGAACAUGUUUCUGAUUUUUUUUUUUUCUUUUUCUUUUUUGGGUUAUUUGCCUAAAUGUAGUCAUUCUCUGAGGGUUAAAGAACAAAGAUAGUUUUUUUUUUUUUUUAAGUUAAAUAACAAUGGGGGGGGACAUCAAUGUUUUUCAAAAUCAAGAAAUGAACCCAGCAUACCAAUUUUAUAUGAGUUGCAGCAAUAAGCAGUAGUUAAUGUCCUAAAAAUCAGAGUUCUUUUGCUUCAUUUCUCUGACACCUGCAGUAAGUGUGUGCUGGUCAGUCCACUCCUAAAGGAAAAGUCAUUAAGUACCCAGUUCUGUGAGAAUGAACUUACACCAUUCAAACUCUGGAUGAAGAGACUAGAGAAGUUCCCUACCACUUACCAUGUAGACCUUAUUUCAAGAAGGUUGUGUAAAGAAUCAGUCUUACAUUUAUAAAUAAGAUAUAUUGGCUAUGUAAUGAAAUAGAUCUUUUAAAAUGGUUUUUAACUGGAGCUUGUCAACCUCUCAUUUUUAAAAGCUAAUUCUUUUUCAAUCCUGGCUCUGCUUGUGACAUAUGUCUUCUCCAACUAAUCUCUGGAGAAAAUGAAAGAAAGUUUUAUACACUUUAUUCUUGUCACAUAUAUCAGCAAGUCAGGGCCACUGCUCUUGUGCAUCAGGCUCUGGAGGACCACUGCUGAUUGUGGUAGGAGCAGAAGCCUGUAACUGAAUGUGGAUGAGAUGAAGGCUCAUGGGUGGUGUUCGUAGACAGCAGGCGGACAGAGAAUCGUGCGGUUCAUUGGUUUGCAAGAUCUCUCCUGCUGCUGCUCCAACUCUUUCGGGAUUUCAGCCUUUUAUCCCUGGUCAAAACAAAAGAGGCCUGUCUGUCAUGGGUACCAUUAGUGUUGUGGCUAAGGUUUCUCAUACUGGAAGGGAAAUUUUGCGUACAUAUUCUGCUUGAUUUUUUUUUAUAUAUAUAUAUCAAAAAACUCACUGCUUGUAAUCAUUCAGAGGCAGUCAGGCAAGUCCCGUUACUGUAGAGUGUCUUUCUGUUUGUGUGUCUUUCCUUCAGGUCUAAUCCUUGAUUUGACACUGGAGCAAGAAAUACCUCUUUAGAGAGCAUUGGCUUUGACUUAGCAUCAGGAGAAUGUCAGACCUUGCCACAUUGCCAUCCCACUCAGUCCCUGCUUCAUGUCGGAGUUUAUGUCAAAUGUUAGGAAAUGAGGAAUAACUUCACACUUGAGGCACUCAGUCGUUAUGUUGAAACACCAUUUAAGUAAAAAUGCUGUGGUUGAAGUCUUUCUGGGUUGGAGGAAUUACAGAGGGGAAUUUGUCCUCUUCUCUCUUCUCCUGUUUGUUGGCAGCAUGGUUAAUAUGAGGCAGAGUUCACUGAGUGCACUGCUACAAACUGACUGCACAUUUUCAAAUGCAGUAUAAACAUGGCACCACAUCAGAGCAUGCUUAUUAAAUAGUCAGACGCUAGAUGCUGGUGUGUUCACAUUUCCUCCCUUUUCACCAAGAAUGCUAUGCUAACAUGUGGUGUUACAUAGAGUUCUUUCCCUGAAACCUUUUUUCUUUUGUAGUGCAUAAUUGGAGUGUUCUUAAGACAUUGCUAAUAAUUGUGAGACUGCAACUUUCUUGUCCUGAGUUGUUAUCUUCUGCCCAGUCCAUUGGAAUCACCAUCCAGUUUUAUGUCCGGGUCAUGUGUACCCAGUUAGAGCAGAGGAGAAAAUGCUUGUGUGUGCUUUUAAAUACGCUGAAAAUAUUUCUAAAGAUCUGAGAAGCUACAUUGUUACUAUUUGGUAUCAGUUAUGUCAUAAAAAUGCUGUUGCCAGUGUAUUAUCUUUAAGGCAAGAAACAAACAGCUUACAGGAAACCCUGUAAUGUGUUGAUAGCAGACAACAGUAACAGAUCAACUUAAACUAUCAAAAUGUAUAAUGUAUAUAGAUUUUUGCAUAUGCUGAACUGCAUUUUAUUUAAAGUGGAUGUUGCAUUUUUCUGAGCUGCAAGGGAAACCAGGCAGCUCCAUGCCUGGCAUGCACAUCCAUUCUUUUGAAAGAUACACUCAUAUCAUAAACGGAGCUGUGACUGAGAUUUAAUGUUUUAAAUAUGAACAAAAAGCAUUUGCCUAGCAAAUUAAGUUCAAUUGAAGGCUUAGUCUGUUGAAGAAUAAAGAGUAAAACCAGCCUUUUAGAAUACCACAUCAUCAUUGAGA